AUGGAUCCUCACCACAAUGCCACCGUCCUCCAUAUCUCCCAACAAGUCCAAUCCUUUUCUUCUCAAAAACUGCCCUUCCAUAUAUACCACGGGACGACCAGCAGCACUCGUCGCGCCUCCUACACGCGCUCCAACACCAUCGACACCAGCUCCCUCAACCGCGUUCUCCGCAUCACGAACACGGCCCAUAAAAAGACAGCCCUCGUUGAACCGAAUGUUUCCAUGGACGUGUUGGUGAAGGCUUGUUUAAAGGAGGGGCUGGUGCCGUUGGUCGUGAUGGAGUUUCCGGGCAUUACUGUCGGGGGUGGGUUUGCAGGGACGAGUGGUGAGAGUAGUUCGUUUCGGUAUGGGUUUUUCGAUCGGAUCGUGUGUUGGGUUGAGAUGGUGUUGGCCGAUGGGGAGAUUGUGGAGGCGGAAAGAAAAGGGAAGAAUGAAGACCUCUUCUACGGCGCAGCAUCCUCGUUUGGAACGUUAGGUAUCACGACAUGUCUGGAGGUGAAGCUACGGGACGCGAAGCCCUUUGUGCAAUUGAGCUAUUUCCCCAUCUCUAGCGCGGAAGAGAUGAGAGAGAAAAUCAAUGAGGUUGCAUUGGAUAUGAAAUAUGAGUAUCUCGAUGGGAUACUUUUCGGAAAAGAUAGGGGUGUGGUUUGUGCUGGCUUCCUGGCUGAUAGGGAGGAGUCUUCCUCCUCAUCAUCAUCGACGUCGUCGGUAUCGAAAAUGAAAACGAAAGAAGAAGAAUGCCUCCCGAUCCAACACUUCACCCGUCCGCAAGAUCCAUGGUUCUAUACACAUGCUGAAGAUGUACUCACCAAAUAUUAUCCUAAGUCACCAGAAUCAUCAUCAUCAUCAUCAUCGAAGACAUCAUCUUCCUCUCUUCUUCACACCGAACUCAUCCCCACAACAGACUAUUUCUUCCGCUACGACCGCGGUGCCUUCUGGGGCGGCAGAUAUUCCUUCUCUUACUUCCUUGUGCCCUUCAACGCCUUCACACGUUGGGUCCUAGACCCAUUCAUGCACACACGCGUCAUGUAUCACGCAUUACAUAAAAGCGGUCUCGCGAAACGAUACAUCAUUCAAGAUGUGGGUAUACCCAGUGACAAAUUGGAUGAGUUCGUGGACUAUCUCCAUGAGGAAUUUGGUUAUUAUCCAUUAUGGAUUUGUCCCUUGAAGGAACAAGGAGCGAGCGAGACUCGUCCGCGGAGCCAAGACGGAAACGAACAACAAGAAGAUACUGAUACUAGCUUGAUUCCCGAGUCCAUCAACGUCGGAAUAUGGGGCCCCUGUCCCUGGGGUUCAUCUUCUCCCUCAGAAUUCAAAGCCUAUAAUCGCCGUCUAGAGCAAAAAGUCCAUUCUCUCGGCGGCCAGAAGUGUCUAUACGCCCAUACAUAUUAUACAGAAGAGGAGUUUUGGGCGAUAUACGAUCGAGAGACGUAUCGGAAGUUGAGGGAGAAGUAUCACGCGGAAUAUCUACCGGAUUUGUGGGAGAAGGUUAGGGUUAAGGAUGAUAAUAAUGCUGUGGAUGGACGGAAAGGUAAUAAUGGUUGGGGGAGGCGGGUUUGGGGAUGGGUUAAGGAGAUAUGGCCGUUGAGAGGGGUGUAUGGGGUUUUGAGUGUGGUGGUUGGGGCGAGGGAGUAUUUGCUUUGA